CCGCGGCCUUCCAUCCUGGCAACCUCGCGCGCCUCGAAGUGACGUGAGCAGCGGGCGUUAGUGACGUAACCGUUUCCUCUGGGGAAGAAAGGGCUCUCGGGCAGUGAGACAUGGGACUGAAAUCCUAAUCAGAUGCCAUCUGAAUUUCCCUCUGCUGUCAAGGCCAGAACUGCUAUCCUUGUUGCUCCCCCAUUCUCUAAAGCUAAGAGAUGGAGCCCCUUGAAGUGACCAUCAUUGAAGGUGUUGGGGAUGAAGUCACUGUUGUGGCUGGCGUCGUGGUCCUUAUCAUGGCCCUGGUCCUGGCCUGGCUUUCCACAUAUGUGGCGGAUGGUGGCAGCCAUCUUCUGGGAACAGUUGUGGCUACUGGAGAUUCAGCAGUGAUCCACUUGAGCCCCAUCGAACGCUACGUGGGGAACUCGGUGUCAGAACAGUCGGAGCCCCAAGGUGCUGCAGAAGGGGCUGAAGAGAAGGCAGAAGAGGGUCCUGCUUCUGAUGCAGGUCCUGCAGUUGAGCAAGGAGACAGCAGCAGUAGCUCAGAUGCUACCUUAGACCGUCUGUUGGACAUUCAGGGCCUGUCCCAAAGGACCUUUUCUAUUGCUGCUGAUUCCCAAGAGAACCAGAGAGUUCCACAAGCUGUGCCUGUCAUGGAGGAGAGUGAACCAAACCCAGGAUUUAUCAAGGUGCGCCUCAAAUUCCUCAAUGACACAGAGGAGGUGGCCAUUGUGAAGCCAGAAGACACCAUUGGCAUCCUCAAGAGCAAGUACUUCCCAGGCCGGGAGAAUCAGAUGAAGUUUAUCUACCAGGGCCAGCUUCUUCAGGACCAGGCACGGACUCUUCGCUCUCUCAAUAUCCUGGACAAUUGCGUAAUCCACUGUCAUCUGUCUCAGACUGCUACCUCCGCCAUGCCUGACCCAGUGGUUGCACCAUCGGAAGCUGGCGGUAUUACUUUGAGCAUGGGCAACCUGAUGAUUCCCAUUUUUGUGGUGAUGCUGGCGGUCAUCUGGUAUUUCCGUAUCAACUACCGGCAGUUAUUCACAGCCCCGGCCACCAUUUCCUUGGUUGGGGCGACUGUCUUUUUUAGUUUCCUUGUUUUCGGGAUGUAUGGACGAUGAGCAGCCAUGGGGAAGGAGGGAGUGGCCUUAGCUGCCAAAUCUUGAGUGCUCUCUGUUUCGUACUUCCACUCAUUCAUACCCUGUGAGGGACAUAUAAAGCUCUUAUCCAGAAUCCUCCACUGAUGGAGGUUAGAGCUCCACAAAACCUUCGAGUUGAAAAAUUGUACUUAAUUUCUACAUUUUCUAUCGCUACAGCAUUUGGGUAUCUUUGAAGAGUGAUGCUAGAAGAGGGGAACGAGACAAGUAUAGAAGAGAGCAGGGCCACAGGUGUUUGCUCUGAUCUCCCCCUACUCUCAGGAUAGAAUCCUUUCAGCUGUCAGAAGCAUUGCCUUGCUGUCGUCCGGCUUCUAGGCCUCAAAGAGAGAUUUGGCUGCCACGUUCUCCUCCACAGCUACUAGGACUUGGAACUUGGUGAUGAUUAUCGUAGAGAACCCAUUUGUACUGAAGUACAGUUCCUGUCCCUUAUGCUCUUAAGACUUCUGAGCCCCGCAAUAGAGGAAACGGGCUCUCCACCUAAGCAUUUGCCUGUUUAGUUUGCUGCUGCUACUGCUUUGGAAAGCAUGAAUGGAAUGAUCUUUGGGCUCAUGCUUCUCUCCAUUUCACCGCCACUAAUUACAUGGUAGUUACACAGUGACACACUGUGAACUAGAGACACCUGCCUUCUCCCCUCCCACCUUGCCAAGAUACAUGCACCUUGAACUGUUCUGAAGACACCUGCCCACUUCUUACUGUAUGGACUCCAUUGAGAUGCUCACACUAACCCUGUGCUGUAGAAAAGAAGAGCCCUCUCCAAAGAGGGUCAUUUGCAUGUGCACACUCUGCAAGGAUUAUGAUCCAGAAUGCCAUUAGUAACCAAGAUGCUUGCAUGGUUUGCCUCUAACUGUCUACAGGAAGAAUAUUGGCAGCACUUGGGGGUUAACCAGGUUGACUUACAAGUAUUGAAACCACAUGUAUCUCCUUGGAAUUCACCGUCAUUGGCUGAGAGGGCUUCAGAUAGAAGACAGGCAAGCUGAAUUUCCCUUGUCUUCUGUGUCAGAGGUGAUGAUUUGACAUCAAAGACAUAAAAGACCAGGACUAGUAAAUGUAAUCACUACACCCCUCUCCGCUAGGUUGUAGGCGACUUCUCUUUGAGCUUGCUAAAGUAUUUUAAAUCCCACAACUUGUCUCUUAAGUGGAGGGAGUUGGGGGAGCUAAUUAAAUUUCAGGCCUCAUGGUUGCUAACCUAAGUUGGAACUGAAUAACCAACUUCAGAUAUUUCCGAUGGUAAUUAUCAGUGCCAAGUAAUUUCCCACUUCUCCUCAAAAUCAAUCUCUAGUAUUUGUACCACUGAUCCAGCUUUUAAAAUCAAGGCAUUUAUUAAAAGUUGUCAGAAAUCAUUCUUUUAAGUUAAACCUGCGCUUGACAUCCACUGUGUGAAAUGUAUUAUAAAAAUCCAUGCAGAUUUUA